CAACAUGUCGCAGUAAGAACUGUACCUCUAUAUAACAAGUGAUAUUUAGCCUCUACAAAACAAGAAUCAGCAAUGGCAGGUGAGAAAGUGAAAUUGCUUGGAUACUGGGCAAGCCCUUUUACUCUCAGGGUUCAUUGGGCACUGAAAAUUAAAGGGAUUGAAUAUGACUACCAAGAAGAAGAUCUCCCAAACAAAAGUUCCCUACUCUUACAGUAUAAUCCAGUUCAUAAAAAGAUUCCAAUUUUGGUUCAUAAUGGUAAACCCAUUGCAGAAUCACUAGUCAUACUUGAAUACAUUGAGGAGACAUGGAAGCACAAUCCCCUCCUCCCUGAAGAUCCUUAUGAAAGAGCCAAAUCACGGUUUUGGGCAAAAUUUGUUGAUGACAAGUGUGUGCCAGGAAUAUUUGGUACUUUCUCCAAGGUCGGAGAGGAGCAACAGAAGACAGCAAAAGAAGCUCGUGACAACUUGAAAAUUUUAGAGGGUGAACUAGGCAGGAAACGCUUUUUUGGAGACACGAAAAUAGGCUUCAUGGAUGUUGCAUGUGCUUGGAUCAUUUGCUGGGCUCAGAUUGUUGAGGAGAUUGUGGAUAUCAAACUUAUUGAUGCAGAGGAAAUGCCUUCACUUGUUUCAUGGUUUCAGAAUGUCCUUGAAGCUGCUCCCAUUCUGAAAGAGUGUACACCACCCAAGGACAAAUUGUUAGAGCAUAACAAAGGAUUUUACAAGAUGUUGGUUGCUUCAGCAUCACCUUGAAAUCUAAAAUCUGUUCUCAUGGAGGAAGAUUUUACUUGUAUGAUUAUAUGACAUGUAAUCUUUUCCAUGAGUUUGUAUGACAUGUAAGAUUUGCCUAUCAAAUACAAUCUGUAGGGAAAUAAGAGCAUAA